GGCUGUACUGCGCCUGCGUAUGUUUGUGGUUGCCACAGUGACGACGGCGGGCUCAGUGGAGGGAGCAGGUUUGACAACAACAGCACAUGAGAAAGACCCAGGCCAUAGAGCAGCACCCAUCAUACAUACCACCGCCGCUCAUCAACACAGACGUGGCGAUGGAGAGUGCAACGGCAGUGCUGUUCCCCGGAGAAUCUGAGGGGUACGUCCAGAGUUUGGAAACUUACCCACUCAAAGAAAUUGGAAGCGCCCGAUGGUUCAGACAACACGAAUACAUCGAGAAGCUGAACAUGCAGGCUAUCCUGAACGCUACUGCCAGCCAGGAUGAGUUUGUGAAGGAGCACCUCAUCUCCUACAGCAAGAUCCCCACUCUGAUUUAUGAAGUGAUCUCUGUAGAAAUUUGGAAACAUAAAGUGUUCCCAAUCUUAUGUCAAUUGCAGGACUUCAACCCUAAAAGCACCUUCCCUAUAUACAUGGUGAUUCAUCAUGAAGCCACCAUUAUCAACCUCCUAGAGACUGUCCUGUUCCACAAGGAGUCCUGCGAGGCUGCAGAGGAGGCUGUUCUGGAUCUCCUCGAUUACUGUCUUCGGAAAGUCACCUGUCUGGCCGCUCAAACUGUGACUGGGGAGACGCCGACCCAGGACAAACUGACCCAGAGUGACCACUCAGACACAGCCACACUGCAGGAUCUUCAGGAACAGAGCACAGCACUCGAGUUUGAUGUAUCACUAAAGGCCCUCUCCAUCCUGCGCUACAUCACUGAUCACAUAGACAGUUUAACUCUGAGCACCCUAACCAGGAUGCUGAACACACACAACCUGCCCUGUGUGCUGGUGCAGUUAGUGGAGCACUGCCCCUGGAGCCGACGCACUAAAGGUCAGUUAGAGAAGUACAUGGAUGGGAAGUGGUACCAGGUCCCCAAAGUGGACCAGCUGAAGAUGACUAAGCUGGACGGCCAGGUGUGGAUCUGUCUGCUCAACCUGCUGCUGAGACCGGAGUGCCAGCAGAAGUAUGACUUCAACGAUUUCAACAAGGGCCAGCUAUUAAAGCUGCGAGGCUUCCUCACAGAAGUCCUGAUCGACCAGCUGCCCAACCUGGGCGAGUUACAACGCUUCCUCAGCCACCUGUCUGUGACUGAUCCCGCUCCUCCAAAGAGGGACCUCAUUUUGGAGCAGAUCCCUGAGAUUAUGGACAACAUUCUGAAGGAGAAUUCCAGUAAAUGGAAAGCGAUCGCUAAGUACCAGGUGAGGCAAGCAUUCGACCCUUGUGAUGAGGACCUGCAGCAGCAUGCACGCAGACUGGCACAGACCUACAACCUGGAUGUGAUGGAAAGCCUGAUCCCAGAGAAACCCAAGUGUGGCUUCUGUGGUUCGGAGGCGUCCAAGCGCUGCUCCCGUUGCCAGGGCGAGUGGUACUGCUGCCGGGAAUGUCAAGUCAAACACUGGCAGAAGCACAAGAAAGCAUGUGAGCUAAUGGCUGAAACUGUGAGUAAACUCCAGGGGGACUUGAAGAUCGAAGCAUAGAAAACCAGCAAAACAGCACAGAACAAGCAACUGGGAACUGAUGCACCAUCCCUGCUUAUAGGAGCGGGGAGACUCAUCUUCAGAAAAUACACACAUUAAAUAAGAACUUGAGAUUCCCAUCCUAGUCUGGAAUGGGGAAGGUAUACUUGAACUGCAGCAGUUUGUGCAGAACUGGAUGAUUGCAAUUUGCCAGGAAAUUGCAAUUCCAGCAGGGGUCACUCUUGGACAGAGGGAUUUCUUUGGUGCUGUGAUGGGAUUGUGAUCCUGAUCUGAUCCAUGUAACCGUUAGCAGAGUUUGAACAAGUCCAACUUAACAACAUAAACAGCAAAAGAAAGAGAGGAAGCCCCAAGGUCCAGCAGCUGUUUUGUACACAUUUAUGUAAUUUGUAAAUUAGUAAAAAUAUAUAUAGUUAAAAUAAGCCUGGUAUU